AUGACGAAAAUCACGAUCCUUGGCGCAGGGAUUACUGGCAUGGCAAUCGCCAGCCAGCUCCCCAAAAACUACGACGUGACCAUCGUCGCUCGCAACCUCCCCGGCGAUCCUCACAUCCAGGAAUGGGCGAGCCCCUGGGCCGGCGCCGUCUGGUCGGGUAUGGACGGUUCCAACGAGCGAGAACAGCAAAUGCAGCUGAACGCGCUGGCCGUGUGGUGGAAGCUCGCCCUGACAGACCCCGACUCGAGCGUACGACGGGUGGAGAUGACCGAGCUGAGGGAUUCAGGAUCGCUCGACCAGAUCUGGUAUCGAAACAAGGUGCCUGAUUUCCAGGUUCUGCCUCAGGAGGACCUGCCCGCUGGCGCCGCUGUCGGGGUUCGAUACCGGACAAUCGUCCUCACGCCCAUGACGUUUCUUCCCUGGAUGCGGGCGAAGCUCGAGGCCAACGGGGUGAAAUUCAAGCGCGCGCAUGUCCGCUCGCUCGCCGAUCUGAGCGGCUUGGGUCAUGACGUCCUCAUCAACGCGGCGGGCAUUGGCCCUCGCCGGCUGACGGACGUGAUGGAUCAGAAGGUGCAGGAAGUGCGCGGGCAGACGGUGCUCGUCAAGUCGGACUAUGACAAGCUUUUUAUCCGUCGUGGAAAGGACUAUACGUACGUCUUUGCGCGGCAGGACGGGACUGCCGUCAUAGGAGGGAUCAAGCAGUUUGGGAAUGUGGAUACGAAGGUGGACAGCGAGCUGCGGGCUGAUAUCUUCCGCCGUGUCCACGAGAACCUUCCACAGGACUUUCCCUCCGCCGAUCCAAAAGACUACACGAUCGUCCGGGACAUCGUGGGCAUCCGUCCGCAGAGGGAUGGCGGGGUGAGGGUCGAGAAAGAGAUCAUCAAUGGCCAGAAGGUAGUCCAUGCCUAUGGCACCGAGGGGGGUGGCUACGUCUUUAGUUUUGGGAUAGGUCGUGAGGUGGCCAGUGACGGAAGAAAUACUGCAGCUUCCGGAGAUACCAAUAUGGAAAACAUGGUAUACUAUGAUCGCUUCUUGCAGAUAUUUCAGGAGAGAAAGAACAAAGAAAUUAAACUGAAAACGGAGAAGCAGUUUUAUCUCGCGACAGAAUUAAGUUAUAGAGAUUGA